AUGCGAUCACGAUCAUGUCCUCCGCAGACUGCUAACCUGCAAGCAGACGUGCCCUCACAGUCGAGCCCAUCUCAGAAGGCUGCCACAUUAGCACCGACCGACAACCAGGAUACGGAGACGAACGCUUCCUCGACAACAAACAAUACUGCUUCGACGCCCAGCGCUUCUGCUGCUCCCCGCUCUCCGGCUGGCCGCGGCCCGCGACGACGGCAAUAUGGCGUUCAGUCCACCAAACUCGAGGCCGUGGACGACCCAUUAGGCCCCUUGGGAGCUGCUACGCCGCCCACAGCAGCCGAAAACAGUCCUCCUGCUCCGCCCCAGAAAGAGUCUGCUGCGUCGCGCAACACCCGUCCCGCGCCCGAUGCCUCCGCGUCAUCCUUGCGCGGUCUGAUGGACUCGGUGAACCUCGACGAUGACGACGCCGAACAGUCGCGUGCCCAGGGUGCCCGAGUGCCACCGCCUGUGCAGGCGCCUUCGAGCAAUGCACCGCAGCGCCAGACACAGCCCAGCGUGAGCGUCGAGCAGGCCGCGAAGCCGUCCUUUUCCAUCUACGUCGGCGACCCGCACAAGGUGGGCGACCUCACGAGCUCGCACACGGAGUACUCGGUCACGACCAAGACGACUUCCAAGGGCUACCGCAAUCCUGAAUUCACCGUCUCGCGCCGCUAUCGUGACUUCCUGUGGCUAUACACUCAGCUCCACAACAACAAUCCUGGUGUCAUCAUCCCCCCUCCGCCCGAGAAGCAGGCUGUAGGUCGCUUCGAAGCCGACUUCGUCGAGUCCAGGCGGGCUGCAUUGGAGCGCAUGCUCAACAAAUCAGCGGCGCACCCCAUAUUGCAGCAUGACAGCGAUUUGAAGCUCUUCCUGGAGAGCGAGGCGUUCAAUGUCGAUGUCAAGAACAAAGAGCGCAAGGACGUUGGCCUGGGCGAGAGCAAGGGCAUGUUCGGCUCUAUGCUCUCUGGCAGCAGCGAUGCUCUUGAGACGCAGCUGAAGGCCCUGCUCAAAGCGACUGAUACCGUUGUAGGACAGCGCAAAGGGCUUGCUGAGGCCUGCGGUGACUUCUCCGCUUCCUUGCACUCGCUGUCUGCCGUUGAAUUGUCGCCUUCCCUUUCCGGCCCUCUCGACAGCCUGUCCGACAUCCAGAUCCGUAUCCGUGAACUUUACGAACGCCAAGCGCAGCAAGAUGUGCUCACAAUGGGUAUCGUCAUUGACGAAUACAUUCGCCUGAUAGGAUCGGUCAAGACAGCAUUCCAGCAACGGCAAAAGUCAUACCACUCAUGGCACACUGCCGAGCAGGAGCUUCAGAAGCGCAAGGCGACACAGGACAAACUUCUCAGACAAGGGAGGUCGCAACAAGAUCGCCUCAAUCAGCUAAGCGCCGACGUGGCAGAUGCCGAGCGACGGGUCCAUCAAGCAAGACUGUUGUUCGACGACAUGGGACGGCUGAUGCGCAGUGAACUGGAACGUUUCGAGAAAGAGAAGGUAGAAGACUUCAAGUCAGGUGUGGAGACUUACCUGGAAAGCGCGGUGGAAGCGCAGAAAGAGCUGAUCGAGAUCUGGGAAACCUUUUUGAUGCAACUGGACACCGAAGAUGGCGAGACUUUUGUACCACCAGCAGGUGUUGUUGCGUCGCCGAGCGAACACACCGAAGAGCGCAACGAUUCACAGGCACAACACGAUGCAGAAGACCAGCAUGAAAACGAGGCUGAAAACGAAGAGUGA